AUGAAGAAAGACUUGCUGUCACUUCGGAGUGGAGACCGGAGAGUGAAGAACGACGGCAGAAGACUUGUGUUGAGAGUGCGAGAGACGAGAACGAGAGAGGCGAUUUUGCUCGUUCGUUGGCGAGCUUGCUUGGAAUGCUGGGCGGCGACCGUGGCCGAUUGGCUGCUGCGUGACUUCGUCCGCCUCAAAAGGAAAGGAAAGACGAAAGAGACGACUAAAGACAAUACUGCUGCUAAUCGAGUGAAGGAGCCUGUAUCAUAUAAUGUGCAGACUGUAAAAUUUCAACCUAUAUCUGUCCCUUCCAUUUCAGUAGAUGAACUGAAGGAAAUGACUGAUAAUCUUGGAGCUGACACUGUAAUUGGCGAGGGUUCGUAUGGAAGAGUUUACUAUGCUGUUCUGAAAAGUGAUCAAGCCGCGGCAAUCAAAAAGCUGGAUCCAAGCAAGCAACCAGAACAAGAAUUUUUAGCACAGGAAGGGAAGGUGUUAAAAGGGGCAGAGCCAGGUCCUACUGUAUCAUGGGCACAAAGAGUGAAAAUUGCAGUUGGAGCAGCAAGAGGACAGGAAUAUCUCCAUGAAAAGGCAGAUCCUCGUAUUAUCCACCGUGACAUUAAAUCAAGCAAUGUGCUAAUUUUUGAUGAUGAUGUUGCUAAGAUUGCUGAUUUCCAUUUGUCAAAUCAAGCACCUGACAUGGCCGCACAUAUUCAUUCCACUCGUGUUCUUGGAACAUUUGGUUAUCAUGCUCCAGAGUAA